AUGUAUUCCAAGGAGAGCCCAUGCGCCUGCGUAUUACACGUGUACGCCAUCAUGGACUUCUUCGAUAUCUCGUCUAUGUUUGAAGAUGUGCGGCGGAUGAAUAAAAGACAGGUAAAAUACGCCUUUAAACACGUUUUCAAUGUUCUAUCUAUGAAGCGUAAUGCCUCUUGUACUAAUACGCUGAAUUUAAAUUCACAGCUCUUUUACCAGGGCCUAAACUUUGCGAUGAUCGUUUCAUCUGCCCUUAUGAUAUGGAAGGGACUCAUGGUUGUGACCGGUAGCGAAAGCCCUAUAGUGGUAGUUUUGAGGUAAAAGCGUCCACUUAUAUCCUUAAAAUUGAAGUCAUAAAUGAGGGGACUUUUCAGAGUUAACUUUUGUCACAUCUGCUGAUAGUUUGAUUUUUGUUUAUUUUUUUGUAGCGGCAGCAUGGAACCUGCGUUUCAACGAGGCGAUCUUUUGUUUCUGACCAAUUACAAAGAAGACCCGAUCCGUGUUGGUGAAAUAGUCGUGUUUAAAGUUGAAGGCAGAGAAAUCCCGAUAGUUCAUCGAGUAUUAAAAAUACACGAAAAGUAAGAGUUGAACAUUAUUAGUUUUGUUUGUCUCUAGGACAAUGUUAAUUGUCUUAUUAACGACUUCAGUCAGUAGUUUAAUACUGAUCACUCAGACUUUUGUCCUCUGCCUGGAAUGUCCUGCACCCAUGGGUGAAAAAUAGGUAAAGGCAAAAAAAGGAUGCAACUAAGGCCAUGUCCUUACAAAUCUGAACAUCUUUGAAACCCCAUAUAUUAUAUCUGGAUUUGUUUGGAUGGGGCCUUAAAACCGUUCUGUAGAGCGGUUUCAAAAUAAUGUGGUUUCGGUGAGUGGAUUCACUGGAUUUGUGUGGACAGAGAGCUAAUUCAUGUAAAAAAAUAUGUGGUUUCAAAUAUAUCUACAAUCGGCGACAAAACUGUUGAGACAUUGUACUCAAUUAGGGUAACUUCAGAGAAGGAAAAAUUCCACACCCCUCCCCUGUCCCCUCUAUUCAAAGUUGGGAUAUUUGUUGUUUUCUAUGGGUAGCUCAAACAGUGGCACAACAUUGCAAGCAGGGGAUGGGGGAAGGAAAGCUAUAUUUCCCCCUUUUGAAGUCAGUAAAGUGUAAAAAAGCCCAGUUUAGGGCAAAGUGUUUCAAUUCAUUUUGUCUCCGAAUACCUGUUAUCGAAAUCUAUGCGCUGUUGUCCUAGUAGCACCAGUUAAGAGACAAUAACUAGUUGAGAUUACUAUAUUCAUGGGUUGUUUUUAACAAGACAGAUAGGAUACCCAUAUAAUAGCAUUGCUGUGUUUUUCGAGGGAAAAUUAGUUUUGCCAAUAUUUUUAUUCGGUAGUGCUUUCCAGUAAGUUAGGCGCCAGGGGCCAAUGGGCUCUGCUAGAGCACAGCCCUGGGAGAGAAUAAGAAAUUGUGCGCGAUGCACCACAUCGCACGAUCUCAAGGCAUGUUAAGCGUGACACGAAAUAUCAUAGCUGAAAAUAACGAAAUUGCUAUAUUCUAAUAAUUAGAACAAUAAUAGAAUUAGAACAAUUAUUGUUCUAAGAUAGGCAUGACGACGUCAAACAUAGCAAUUAACAAAAGGCCACCAGGGGUCUUACAUCCCAGCAUGAGGAAAUGAGUUGAAUUAGUUUUCUUAAGGAUGUAUGGCCACUUUUGCGAUUCAGACAAUUGGCGACAAAACUGUUGAGACUUUGUACUCAAAUAAGAUAACUACAGAGAACAAAAGAAUUUACUCCCCUCCCCUGUCCCCUCCAUUCAAACUUGGGAUGUUUGUUAUUUUCUAUAGGUAGCUCAAACAGCCACACGACAUUGCAUGGAGGGGAUGGGCAAGGAAAAGCUAUAUCUACCUCUUUUGAAGUCAGUAAAACAUAAAAAAGCCCAUUUUAGGGCAAAGUGUCCCAACUCAUUUUGUCACCGAUUGUAGAUUCAGGUGGACGUAGUAUAAGUUGCCCAGCCAAGAUAGUGAAAUUUCUGCACAGCGCUAUAUGUUGUUAUUAUGAAUGCAACACUCUCAUAGUAUUUUCAUAAACAAACAGGGAAUGUGUUUUAAGCUAUGUUCACUCUAUACAUACUGGAUAGCUCUUACCCUGGCACAAAAAACUUAGUGGAUAGGGUUUCUGUUCACACAUAAGAAUGGUAAUUUCAGAGCAAUUUCUGUAAUGGAGGGAAGCUGCGCCAUGCAGAUCUCUCAAGUGGAGAGUCACAUAUUGAAUAGGUGUUCAUGCUAUACUGGGUAGCUUUUCAUGUCAGCAUGAAAAGCUAUCCAGUAUCGUGUGAACUUCACUUUGGAGUGUGAAUCCGAAACUGUAUUGUAAUUAGGCAAGGGACUGUAAGGAAGUUAUCUGCUCAUACAUAUGGGCAACCUGACUACCAGCAGUCCUCUUUUGUUGAGAUGUUUCUUCAUGAUCAUUUUACGCAAAGCCGAUGGAGUGAGUUUCAAGACCAACACCUUUUUAACCCGGAGGAGCCAUAGUAAUCGCUGUUACAAUUUUUAAAACCAUAAAUACUGAAUUAAUUACCUAGCCUGUGUAGCUAGCAAUUUUUUUGGGUGUGUUUUUUAUUUUGUGAAACAGAAAACGAUGGGGAAGAGGGUGAGGGAAGAAGGCAUUGUUUUCUGUUUCUCGGUUCAGCUUUCAGGUGGCUGUAUCUCUGAUAAAUUCCAGCACUGAAUAAGACAAUUUAUUCUUGUUUCAUUUGCAUAAAAGGUGAUAUUUUCUUAUCAAAGACUGUGCUUUUGCCGCCAUUUUGAAAAAAAAAAAACUGGGAACUUGGAAUAGCCUGCGUGGCAGGCAUUAGCAGGGUUGUCAUUAAGAGCCGGGGGCCGGGGAUUUUCCCUGGCUACUAAGAGAGUGGCCCCCGGCUACUUUUAUUGGAAAAUAGAAGAAAAAUAGAACCAAAAGAAAUCCCUAGCAGUUUGAUUCCCCGCCUACUUGUUGUGUUUACCCGGCAACUUGAAAUCUUAGUGACAACCCUGCAUUAGAGGGGGAAGGGGGAAUUUUGGCCUGCAAGGAGACCAUUGUUUUCUCCAUUUUUCAUGCUCAGAUUCUGAGUGUGAAAAUAGUGAUUGGUCAGAAUUAAUUAAAUGUCAAUCUUCGACUUAAUACCUUUUUUCAAUUGGCUGAAAACAACAUCACGCCAUUUGGGUAACUAAACAUAUGUCGUUAGUGAAACGUGAUGAGAUUUCUCUACGGGAAUUCAUCGUUAGAAGGCAUCAAUUUCAGCUUGAAAGGAGAAUAGAAAAAAGCAGUCAAAGAACAGUAUGAAGGAAAAGGCCUGUCAGCAGUUGAGUUUCAUCUCCCAACUGCUUGUUGGUUUUACUUGCCAGAAGAAAGGAAGGAAAAAUCAUGCUGCCUGUGUUCUUGUUAUCUGCUGUUUGACCCACGUUAUCAACGGCAAGAUUAUUGAAGACGAAGCGAUUCUUAACUCUUGGUGAUUUUUGGUUGAGGUCUUCUUGCUGGUUAUAAAACCACCUGGAACGUACUUUAAUAAAAUUUAUUAUAAUUAAUUGCUGCCUUCUUGCAGGCUCUUUUUUCCUGGCUACCAGCAUUCUUUUGUGUGCUCCGCUGGAUCCAAUUCAUCCUGAUAGAAAUUCAAAGAGUGACGGCAAAGUGUUUUAAUUUUUCUUAGACAAACAUUGCAUCGAAAGUUGCGAAGAGACACUACAUUUCUUAUUAAAUAGUUUUCCAUCCCAAUUCCUUCAGCAACAACUUGAAUAGAUUUAUGCUGAAUUUUAUGUAACUUGGCAUGCGUCGUUUCAACUUUCAAGGAAGAUUCCUUCAAUGGCGGCCGCGUUUGAACUUUUUUUAUAGUACCUUCACUGUAAAUUUCUUGUUUUAGGAAAACAAAAGAAAAACAGUGCGAGAAAUAUGACUAGAAUGACUAGAAUACAUGCAUCGCGGCCAGACUUAUUUGAGAGCUAGUCACUCAGAGUUGCAUUAUUUUUGUUUUGUUUUUUUAAUUAGUAGGCAGGACGACGAAAACAAUGGCUUGCUUGUAGGCGUUUCCCUCCUCCCUCCUCCCUCACGUAGGAUCUUGUGCCCUAAUUCCCUUCCCUUUCGAACGCUUGCCAUGCAGGCUAAACUUGGAAAGGAGCAGUUAAUGAAGACAUCAAUAUUGAAUGUAAUGAAGUUAACCUAGCAGUCUCUCUCCAAUUUUCAUUUUUAAUCAUGUUUGUUUGGUUAUUUUGUAGAGAAAAUGGAGAUAUCAAGUUUUUAACAAAAGGUGACAACAACUCUGUAGAUGAUCGUGGUCUUUAUGCUCCUGGACAACUGUGGCUACAAAGGAAAGAUGUUGUAGGUAGAGCUAGAGGGUAAGUACUGUGCAGUUACAUGCAAUGUGCAUUAAGUAUGGUAGUCAUUUUUAUUAGCAACCAUUUUAGCAAUGAAAAAUACAUAUACACACACCUCCAACCACCUUUUUCGGGACACUUUAUUGUGAGUUAUUUUUCCAUGGAUACAUUUUAUAUAAGAAAGGACAGGAGUACCUGUGAUGAAAAGUAGAAUGAUCUAAGUGUACUGGCUCAGGCGGUCGCUUACAAGGGGUUAGAUACCCCUAAAAAGUGGUCACAGUUGAUUAGGAGAGGUGCUCAUUUUCAAGCGGUUCCAGCUACAGUAAUUAUUGUAGGAAUUUUGGUGAUUGGGAUAGGUUGUCGGAAAUAGCUAAGCAAAGUCAUAUCAAUUAAGCUGGGCACUGUAAUAAUUUUUUCCUGAUGAUAUAAUAUUUUUUCUCCUUUUGUCAGUUUUGUCCCCUAUAUUGGCAUGGUUACAAUUAUUAUGAAUGACUACCCAAAAUUUAAGGUGAGUAAACUUGAAUAUCUGUGAGGGAAAGAAUGUGUUAAAUUGUCUUUCCCUUAGUCAUAAGUCUCUUAUUUCAUGAUUCAAGCUGAUAUUUCAUUGUCCGUGACAAUGCUACUCAUUGAAACCCUGUUCAUUGUGCAACAAAGAUUGGGAACAAAUACAGUGUCUUUGUUGAUUAAUUAUUGUUAUGUAAACCCCUCGGAAUCUCUAUUCAGGGGACACCUCUGUUCAAGAGACAUUUGCCUCAGUCUCGAGGGUGUCCUCUGAAUAGAGGUCCCACUGUACCAAAACACUCAAUGUUUGUUUGCAUUUGUAUUUUGAAAACAUGUAGCUCACAUGGCCAUUCUGAGCACCCUGUUUGGUCAUGUGGCUUUCCUUCCCUUUUGAGAGGCAAUAUUAAUGUUUUGCAGUUUAAAAAUGCUCUUAAACUGUCAGGAUAUAAUAUUUUUUUGAAGCAACUCCACCUCUGCUCACGUUAUCAUAAAUAAAGAUUAUCAUCAAUAUAGAGUGACCUCCAUCUUUUCCAAUUAAUUUGCCAGGCUGGAAAGUUCCUUCCUUAAGCAUUCAUCAUCAUUUCUCAUUUCAACCAUUGUUAUUGCAUUUCUGAAAAUAAGGGAAAGUCACAUGACAAAACAGGGUGUUCUAAAUGGUCAUGUGAGCUGUUCAAAAAUUCAAAUCCAACCAGUAAUUGCUUUUUCACAGUGCUCAGCAUUUAGUGAUUUAGGUAGCGGCAUAAUCUGGUAUCAGGUGGUGCUGAUAGUUGGUGGAAUCCUCCAGCUUGUAUCAGAUUAAUCACAGUUUUUCAUCUGUUAGGAGAGUGUUUAUAGCAUCCAUUUCAUAAGAAGAUCUCAUCACAGCAUGAUAUCAUUUUAGUUUAGGUUAUUAUCACUCUUGCUUCUUUCGAUGAACUUUUAGUACAACUUAAUAUAAUAAAAAAGGGAACAUGGUCUUCAAAGUAGAAUGAACAACCAAUUCAUUCUACUGCAAAGACCAUUUUCACUUUCAUAUCUUUAUCUGCAGUUCAAAAUGUGAUUCAUUACAUAUGUUUCAAUUAAUAUAAUAAUAAUAUACCAUAAAAUUCUAAAAAUAAGUUGCCUGCGUGCAGACGUCUCCUAUUUCCUUUGUUGCACACGGAAAAGGGACGUCUGUGUAACGCCGUCGCUAAUCGUGUUCCAACGUCCCGCUGGCAGGGUAUUCUAUGUCGCAUAUAAUAUCCGGUUAGAAAUAAGAGUUGACAGGCCAAACAAAACAUCAUAAGCUCGUGAUACGGGCGAAACAUGACCUUGAGAGUCUGCUUGAACAGAGGUUUUUCUUUUUUUCUCUCUCCCUCGAAGAUUACUAGCACUGCACAGUGCAUGUAGCAUUCUAACCUUUGACUGAGUAAAUCUCAUUUUUGCCGCGCUAAGUCUUCCAUUUAGAGGUCAUGAAGCAGGUUUGUUACAUGCAUACUGGUUUAUGCUUCUGUGGGUGUUCCCGAUAGGAUUUUAUUUCAGAUGCAGUUGUAAAGUGUUUAAAUUUUCUUGACCUCUGUUUGUUACGGCUAAAUAAAGAUUUUAGUUUCUUUGGCUGGCUUUCUCCGAAAUGCCUGCCUGGUGCGAAGUCCACGCUGCUUUUGUAGUUUUCUCAGACACUGUUUACAAAUAUGAUGUGAUGUGUCAUGCACAGUAAAUUGUAAAGAAAUAAUUUCCUCGUACACGUUAAAUUUUCCGCAUCCUCGCACAAGAUUUCGAUCGCUCUGCUUUUCGAUCGACGAAAAACACAGCACACAAUCGCACAUGUUUUGAUUUGUUUUGGUUAGAAAACCCCGCUUACAUAAAUCAUUUAAAUCACCGCAUACAUUAUCAGACCACAUUCGAUAACAACCAAUCAGCGUUAAGUCAAACAAUGCGCACUGUGUGUCAGCCUAUCACAGCGUGUUCCCAAGAUCUUGGAAACCCAGCAGGACGCUGGAACAUGAUUAGCGAUGGCGUCCCUUUUCCGCGUGCAACAAAGGAAAUAGGAGACGUCUGCACGCCGGCAAAAAAUAAGCCCCGGGGCUAAUAUUUUUCAAAGGCCCUUUUUCGGAGGUGCUUAUCUACGGAGGGAAAUUUGCGUCUCAAAAUCGAUUGGGCUAGCCUUAUAGUUGGACAUAAAUUUACCAUUGUUUUACUUUGUAUUUGAGGGCAAUUUUCCAAUUUCAAGCUCCAGGGUGCUUAUAUUUGGAGGGGCGAUUUAAUGGAGGGUUUUGUUACCUUGCGAGUUUGGGGGGCUUAUAUUUGGAGGGGCUUAUACAUGGAGGGGCUUGUUUUCGGAAUUUUAUGGUAAUUAAACCAAUUUUGGAGUGUUUCUGGGUGUUACGGAAACCAUUGUUGGUUUGCUUUUGUGUUGUAGUGUGGGUUUCGUUCAGUGUCUAUUCAAUCUUUUGUUACGUCAUUUGGUGAUUGGACCAAUCUGCAACACCAAGAAACUACCUAAUUAUGGUUGUCUUUUAUUUCUUUUCAGUAUUUCGUUUUAGCUGGACUGGGGCUGUUUGUUCUUAUACACAGGGAAUAACAGACACUUAAGAGCUAAAGUAAUAUUAAGGUGGCUUAACACAGUUUUGGUAGUUUGUGAGUAUAUCUCAUUUGCCGAAUCAUGGCAUGAGAAAGGUUGCAGCUCAUAAGCUGAAACUUGGCAAGUGAAAAAUAUACUGAUGAACGAUUUUGAUUGACAGGCCAACUGUGAUGUUUUCAUAGUUUCCAUGGUCACAUGAACGAUUGAAUACAACCUUAAAAUUGCACUUUUGCUCAGUUUUCAUAAAACUCGCUCAUUAGAUUUUCCUAUAAACUUGCACACAGUUUACUAUAAUUAAUCAUUACCACUUGAAACUUAUUUGACUAAAUUUUAACAGACAGGUUUUUAGAUAAUCAAUGAUAUAAUUGUACUGUAAUUACUAAAUAUGUCACAAAAUUCGUCUGUUCAACUUCAUUUUAAAGUUCUCAUAAUUUAAAAUACGAUAAAAGUAAAAUUCUGCCAAAUAUCACAAAAUAUUAAUGAGUAGAUUUUGAGAAGUCAUCUUCUAUGUACCAUUGCUUUUUUCACCGCCAUGUUUGUUUGUCUAAUUUAAAACACACGCUGUCACACGAGUUACCGCUGAGCGCCCGCAAAACUAUGUUCAGCCACCUUAACCAGGAUGCAAACACCCACCACCAGACUGGCCACUGACUGGCAUUUACACAUCUUAAAAAGAACAGAAGUAACGUUGUUUUCAUAGGAACCAGGUGAAAGUAUCUCAUUCUUGUGAACUUGACUGUGUCAAAAGUCUCUUAGGAUUCAAAAUGUUUUUUCUUUGAUUCAUUUCAUUAGCAACAAGAUUUUUUUGAAAGGUCAAGUGGCUAAUUUGUACAUGUUUUCGAGUAUUUAUAGCUGUUUUUCAAGAUUCAAGUAUAGAGAAGUUUUAUCUUUGAUCA